AGAGCACUACAGCAGAAGGUUAGCACCAAAGUUAGUCUAAAUAAAAGAUUUUCCAUUUUAUCUGAACUACUGUUUCUCUUGUUACACCUCAACGCCCAUCGGUGGAGAUCCUGAAGAUCGUGUUUGUUAAGGUGGGCUGUGUGCGACCUGGUUGCCUUGGUGACUUGUUGCCAUGCCGUUCCCCUUUGGUAAGUCUCACAAGUGUCCGGCGGACAUUGUGAAGAACCUGAAGGACAGCAUGACUGUGCUGGAGAAACACGACAUCUCCGAUAAAAAGGCCGAAAAGGCUACUGAGGAGGUGUCGAAGUCCCUGCUGGCGAUGAAGGAGAUUCUGUACGGUACGAACGAGAAGGAGCCUCAGACGGAGGCGGUGGCCCAGCUGGCCCAGGAGCUCUACAACAGCGGCCUCCUCAGCACCCUCAUCGCCGACCUGCAGCUCAUCGACUUUGAGGGUAAGAAGGAUGUAGCUCAGAUCUUCAAUAACAUUUUGAGGCGUCAGAUUGGGACACGGACCCCUACUGUGGAGUACCUCUGCACCCAACAGAACAUUCUCUUCAUGCUGCUCAAAGGUUAUGAGUCGCCAGAAAUUGCACUGAACUGUGGGAUCAUGCUGCGAGAGUGUAUCCGCCACGAGCCUCUGGCCAAAAUAACACUGUGCUCCGAACAGUUCUACGACUUCUUCCGCUAUGUGGAAAUGUCCACCUUUGACAUCGCAUCCGACGCAUUUGCCACAUUCAAAGAUCUGCUUACGCGACACAAACUGCUGAGUGCCGAGUUUCUGGAACAGCACUAUGACCGAUUCUUCAGUGAAUAUGAGAAGCUUCUUCAUUCAGAAAACUAUGUUACUAAAAGACAGUCCUUAAAGUUGCUGGGAGAAUUGCUUUUGGACAGACACAAUUUCACAAUUAUGACGAAGUACAUCAGUAAACCAGAGAACCUCAAGCUCAUGAUGAACUUACUGAGAGACAAAAGCCGGAAUAUUCAGUUCGAGGCCUUUCAUGUCUUUAAGGUGUUUGUGGCCAAUCCCAACAAGACGCAGCCCAUUCUGGACAUCCUGCUGAAGAACCAGACCAAACUAAUCGAGUUCCUGAGCAAGUUCCAGAACGACCGCACGGAGGAUGAGCAGUUCAACGACGAAAAGACCUACCUGAUCAAACAGAUCCGUGACCUGAAGCGGCCGACCCCGCAGGACGCCUGAGGUCAAGGAGGCCGACGCCCACUGAGAGCACCGUCUGGUCCAGGGGGGCCGCUGGGAAAUCGCUUCGGUGUGUUUUGGAACAAAAUCUUUUUUUUUCUCUUGCAGAGGAGCGAUGCUUCACACAGGCGCCCCCCCGCCCCAACCCCCCCCUUGCAGAGGAUGAAGAGAACGAGGACGAAGAGGCGGAUUAUCUCUUUGAUGGACACGUG